AUGUCGAAUACCGACAACACCUGCGUCGUGUGCUUCAAGAACGUGGACAUAUUCUCCAUAGGGAUAUGUGACCAUCCCGUUUGCUAUGAAUGCUCCACUCGAAUGCGGGUUCUUUGCCGUCAGAAUGAAUGUCCCAUCUGCAGGCAAGACAUGCCAAAAGUCAUAUUCACUCGGUCUAUACGUCCGUAUAGAGAAAUAGCGGGCAAGUCAUAUCCAAGUGACAAGGAAUUCAAAAUUCUAUUUGAUGGAGGUCCCACACAAAAUUUAUACGAAAAGUUACUCCAGCAUGAAUGUCACAUUUGCAGUGGCUCUAAAUCACAUUCGUCAUUUCAACUCCUUAAAGACCAUAUGCGAAAAAAGCAUGAGUUAUUCUAUUGUGAUCUUUGUGUUGACAACCUUAAGAUAUUUUCUCAUGAAAGGAGGUCAUAUAAUCGUCAAGAGCUUGCACACCACAGGAGAAAAGGAGAUCUUGAUGACAAAUCUCACAAAGGGCAUCCCCUAUGCGAAUUCUGUGAUCAACGGUAUAUGGACAAUGAUGAAUUGUUUCGGCACCUGCGCAAAGACCAUUUAUUUUGCCACUUUUGUGAUGCUGAUGGAUUACAUCAAUAUUACAGCUCUUACGAUGUUUUAAGAGAACAUUUUAAGAAAGAACAUUAUCUUUGUGAGGAAGGUACCUGUUAUGAAGAAAAAUUUACCUCUGCGUUUCGUUCUGAAAUUGAUCUUAAAGCUCACAGAGCAUCAAGUCACACUCGAUCUAUGGGAAAACAAGCUGCAAAGCAGGCACGUACCUUGGAAUUAGAAUUUACAUUAGCUCCACGCCGUGAGAGACCUGACAGAAAUUUUAGAGGAGGUGAAAGACCUGCACGUCGUCCUGCUUCUCCUAUGAAUUCAACAUCUGCAUGUAACCACGCAGGAGCUUGCAAUUGUAAUAGAGAGGAUAACAGAAUGGAAGCCCCUCCAAGGCCUGCCGAAGUUCGCCCUGUUGAGGAGCCUCGCCUCAACCCCAAUGACUUUCCGUCUCUGGGUGGUGGUGCCUCAGUUCCGAUCGCCCCGUCUAGAGGCCGUGGUGGAGGUGGUGGUGUCAUGAUUCGAGCUGUAGGACGCCCUGCUAUGACAAAGGAAAACUUUCCUGCCCUGUCAAACUCAUCACCAGCCCCAAGUCACAAGGUAUGGUUGAGUGUUAACAGCAGGGGUGGACAGGAACGACCCACUAGCGCACCAAACUUUUCUAUUCAAGUCAACAGAAGGCCACCUGCAUCGAACCCACCUCCAGCUAUGCAAACUUUGACUGGUCGCAACACAAAGUUGAGGGGUCCCAUGCCAUCUGCUAAUGCUCCUGCUGAAAUGGAAGAGAACUUCCCAGCGUUAAAACCGUUGGAUUCAUACAGGGGCACAUCUGCUGAACAGUGGCUUUCUACUCAAGCUUCUGAUAUUCCAAACCAGGCCCGCAGCAAAGUCAAAAUGCUCAGUGCUGCAGAAGCUGCCCAGCUGAUGGACAGUAAAAACGCUACCCCUCAGGUUCCAAAAAAGACCCAGUUCACUAUUGAAGAAGAUUUCCCUUCUUUGGCUCCCACAACAUCCAGUCUUCAGGCACCUCCAAAGAAGGUCAACACUAAGAAGGCCUCCUCUGUAACUAUACCAAUGUCAAACUCAUGGUCAAAACAAGCAAGAGACAACUCUCCUGCCAAAUCUAGUGAUAGUGAAAUUCAUUCUAGUUCUGCUAGCAAUACCAAAUCAAAGAAGAAAAAGAAAAAGAAUAAAAAUCAAAAUUUAGCUGAGGGAGAGAGGUCCCAACCUGAAAGCAAAAAGGUGCUCUCUGAGCAGGUCUCUUCGAAUGCCACUGCUGACUCAGGGAAGAAAAAGAAGAAGCAGAAACAGCAGCAACCUCAGGAACAGGAAGCAAACAAUGAACGACCCAAGUGCCAAAAUGGUAAAGUAGAAAACAAUGAAAGUAAUCAAAGUAAACCAAAUGUAGCCAACAGAGAGAACCAGGACCCCACACCAGAUGUCAGUGCUAAUGGCAGAAAACGUUCAGAGCUACAAAUUGAAAGUCUUCAGAUUUCAGAAAACAAUGGUAGUAUUGAGGAUACAACCAGCAGACUACUUUCUAUCCUUCGUGGUGACAAUCAAGUGCCAAAGUCUUCAACUUCAGCUGUAAAUCCGCCUCCUGGUUUUGAAUUUCCUGUGGAACCUGUGCCAAAUAAAAAGCCUGUGCCACCACCAGGUUUCUCAGUGAAAGUAAAUUCAGUUGCUCGGCCUCCUUCAAAUCAGCUCACCUUUACCAGUAGCAGUGGUGAAAGCUAUCCCAUCUUGCCGGGUGCCAGUGGGAACCAGUUUGUGCAGCCCCUGGACUUCCAACGGCGCAACGCUGCCCUCAUGGGGCGCGUGGUGGACAUUCUACGUGAUGCCAGUCGCCAGGAAGAAUUUAGACAAAUGUCUAUUCUUUUCCGCCAAGGACAACUUUCAUCUGCAAGUUACUACAAACAUUGUGUUGACCUUAUGGGAGAGAAGGCUUUCAAUGAAUGUUUUCCUGAAAUGGUAGUGCUUCUUCCUGAAAUCGAGAGACAGCAGGAAUUUUUGAGUGUGUUUAAGCAAUGCAAUGAAGGAAAGGGGACUUUGCCCAAAUUUGAGAUAUGUGCCACAUGUCGUCAAGUACUAGCUCCAUCAGACCUUCGAGUCCAUAUUUCAACACACACUUUGGAAAAUCACUUUCCGACUUUGUCAUCUACUGACCCUGUAUCAUCUUCGGCAUGGAAAAGAAAAUAAAUAAAAGUAGUUUUGUGUCUAAUUUUAAGAAAGCUGAUCAAUUGUUAUUUAUUUUGUUUAUGAAGAUGAGCAGGUCUCUGUCCAAAUUCUGUGUUCUUUUUUAACAAAAAAAGAAAAGGUAAUGCUUGUUUGUAUGUCUUUGCUGAGCCAAACUUAUUUCUAAUCUUUAGCCUUGGUUUGACAUUGAACUUGUGGAUAUACUAACUUUUCUUUUGAUGUAAAUGCAACCCAAGAAGAAAGUUGGUAUUUCUGCCUCUGAACCAAAUCAAUGUGUUGACAGUAGCACAUUAUGAUUGAAGUUCCCCCUUUCUAUCUUGUCUUUUUGAUUUUUAAUUUUUUGCAUUCAUUGGUUCUGAUGACAUGAUUUAUUAUGGUACGUGGAAUUUUCUCAGCAUCUUUCCUCCACCAACUUGUAAGAUAUUUAGUUUGGUUUUGGUGGUCCAUUGAUUGAUUAGGUUCCCCCCAUAUUGAUUUGUACCUACAUUGCCAUGAACAAUCGCUAUGGCUAUGGGCACUUAACAUUGACUUUGGACUACUGGUUUAUGUGCUGUCUAUGUGACAGUGGGGUUCAGUGUUCUGGAAUGAAAUGACUAUUGUGUUUUCUGAACAAUUUGCUAAUUUUUAUGAGACUCAGAUAAUGAAAAUUUAUCAUCCAUCUCAUAUUUACUGUAAUUAAUUUUUAGGGGGGAAGCAUGUACAGGGGUUCAGUAUUUCAAAAAACAUUCAUUACUGUAAUGUUAAGGUCUUACUGUGUUUCAUGUGAUUUAGUUUUAACAUAAAUAUACUUAGUGCCUGUGUA